UAGGGUGAACAAACAUAUUCCUCAUAAUUGAAAAUGAUAAGUAUUUUAAGCAAGAUGAGGUUGUAGGUUUUACUAAAUGACUCUCACAGUAUGGUGAAAAGCAUCUUCAAAGCCGUUUUUUGCAUAUGGUAUAUUUUAAUUGUUUCAGGCAUUUUUGUUCCACUGUUUACCUAAAACUCCCACGAAACAGAAAUUAGCAAUAAGUCAGUCCCUAACCCUAACUGUGUAAUUAAAAGUCUUAUUAUAAAAGGAGAGCAGAUUUGGGGGGAAAGAGAGAAAGAAGAGAGAAGCAAAUGUGGAAAUUAAUUAUUAGAUCUGUGGAAAGUUUUGAAUGGGUGUUUUGCUUUGAUCAAGAUUGUACAACACUCUCCUUCAAAUUUCCUCAGCAAAUCAAUGUUCUAUCUUGUCCUUCACUUUAGAAGAAAAGCUGCUAUAAAUGCAGAAUGCAUAUACCAAAACCUCUUCCAACUUUACAAUUUCCAGACAAGGCCUUGGAGCAAAUUGAAAUGCUCGUUGAGCAUAUUUGUGUCACCUCUGUGAAGCAAACCAAGUGGUCUCUAUUGUGGAAAAUGCCUCCUCAAGGGCUGCCGGUCCGCAGCGUGGAUUAUAACCGAGGCACUGACAACAUCACGGUGAGGCAGGGAGACACAGCUAUCCUCAGGUGUUUUAUAGAAGACAAAAGCUCCAAGGUGGCCUGGUUAAAUCGUUCUGGUAUCAUUUUUGCUGGUCAGGACAAGUGGUCUCUGGACCCUCGAGUAGAGCUCCAGCAGCUUUCUCUUCUGGAAUACAGCCUUCGGAUCCAGAAAGUGGAUAUCUAUGAUGAAGGGUCAUAUACAUGCUCAGUCCAAACGCUGCACCAUCCCAAGACUUCUCAAGUUUAUUUGAUUGUUCAAGUUCCACCAAAGAUCUCCAACAUAUCUUCAGAUGUCACUGUGAAUGAAGGAAGUAAUGUGACCUUAGUGUGUAUGGCAAAUGGACGUCCUGAACCUGUCAUCACCUGGAGGCACCUCACCCCAACAGGCAGAGAAUUUGAAGGUGAAGAAGAGUUCCUGGAGAUCCUGGGAAUAACACGAGAGCAGUCAGGCAAAUAUGAGUGCAAAGCUGCAAAUGAGGUUUCCACAGCAGAUGUGAAGCAAGUCCGAGUCACUGUGAAUUACCCGCCAACUAUCACGGAAUCCAAGAGCAAUGUAUCUGCUACAGGGCGGCCAGUUUCACUUAAGUGUGCAGCGUCUGCUGUGCCUACGCCUGAUUUUGAAUGGUACAGAGAUGACACUAGGAUAAAUAGUGCCAAUGGUCUGGAGAUCAGGAGCAUAGGGAGCCAGUCCUUCCUGACAGUGACCAAUGUCACUGAAGAACAUUAUGGCAACUAUACCUGUGUCGCUACCAACAAACUGGGAAUCACAAAUGCUAGCCUAUUUCUUUACAAGAAAAUAUUACCCACACUCCCCAAUAUUUUUCCAGGACCUGGUACAGGAAUUGCAGGCAAUGGAUCAAUGUGUCUGACCGUACCACUGUGGCUGUUGGCAGUGUCCCUGUUCUGCCUACUCAGUAAAUGUUAAUAACAGCUGAAAUAAAAACCCAGAAACAUCAAGAACAACACACAAAGCAAAAGAAAAAAAAAUGUCAUACAGGAGACAGAGCAAGAGAGAGUGGGGGGGAGGGAAAGGACAACUUCUUUCACAACUUUUGUGUGUGCUGCAACAAAGGGAAGAAAUUUCAGUGAAAGAAGAAUCAGCCACAUUUAUUCUAACAACUGUCAAGCCACUGACCAUCCGGAAGUAUUGAAGACAGAUUAUCACACAAUGAAGGCUGAAUUCUGCUAAGGAUGCUGAGAUGCUGUAAAAAGAAACAAUGAAAUUUCACUUUAUUAUCUCCAUUCUCUCAUAUCAUUUUCUCCUCUCUCUUUCCCUCUUAUUUCCCUCCUUCCCUCCCUCCCUCCUUCAAUGAAAGAAAUGGCCUUUGCUUUGAUGUUGAUAGCCAUACUCUUUUAAUUGGCUUGGUAAUUUCUUAAACUGAUAUUUAGCUUUUUCAGAUACCUGUAAAGAAUGAUACAGAGUUCUCUAGCAUACUGGUGUCCCAUGAAGAAACUCCGCACAGCCCUUACCUCACUGUCUCUCCCUUAGGCUGUCCAAUAUAUUUUGGGUAUCUUAGCCCUCGAUGCUUUGGGGAUGAUAAAAUAGAGAAAUUUUACUCAUCUGCCCUCUUGUUCUUGCCGGUCUCCCUGUCUUCUUUUCUCUCUCUCUCUCUUUCCCUCUCUCUCUCUCCCCCUCUCCCUCUCUUUCUCCCACUCUCUCAUGUAUGUAUGAGCGCAUGUUUCUGUGUAUGUAUGUAGGCAUCUCUCUCUCUCUCUCUCUCCCCUCUCUCCCUCCCCCCCCCUCUCAAAAGCAUGCAAAGAAAACAGCCCCUGUGUACAUAAACUCAUCUCUGUAGAUAAUGGCUUGCAUUGCACAUGAGGAUGACUGUUUCGCUUGGAUGUGAAUUCUGGGUGAUAAGGAGAUACACAAUGGUUUUCACAAAAGAAUUUGUUUUGACUUCUUCCUGCAAUCCCAGUUUUAGAAUCUAAAAUUUAGAGCACAUCCUUGGGUUUCUCCUGUUAAAUCUGAAUAGCAAUCAAGUAUAAUCUGUAUGUUACCCUCAUUGCUCUUCAAUUUUCCUUUGUCUACCUAGCCAUAGAUAGGGCCAAAGAUUCUGAGCCUCAAGGAGUCUGUAGAUUUAAUUACCCUUGAGCAUGUUCAAUCUUGACUGAAUGAGGAUCACACAGGAACAAUUGUAGCUAUAAGAAUCCAUUGUCCAAAUCCCCAUUCCAUUCACUGGAGAGAGAGGGAGUUGCAAGAUCAGCAAAAGUGGUUCAGUCUAUACCCUGUAUCAACUAGAUGCGGACUUAAAGAAUUGAUCAAAAUAAAUAUGUAAUGGGGUCCAGAAUUUCCAGGAAGUUAGAGAAAUAUGGACAGGGUAGACAGCACAUGUUAACAUAUAUGUUACAUAAUAGUAGAACAGUAUAUAUAAGGCCAGAGGUUCUGUCAUGGGACAAUGAGAAAAGAUAAUUAAGUUGCAAUCAUUGGUUGGAGAAGAGCAACAAAGUAUAUCACUUAUAGGUUAUAUCUAAUUGUACUUCAAGGAUAUAUAUAUAUAUAUAUAUUCCUAUUUUGUCCAGCCCGUAAAUUAUAUAUAUUAUGGCUGUUUAUUGUAAAUCCUUGAAAUUGAUUCUGCAGUCAUUUACUAUCCUUUACUUGCAUUAGAAGCCAUCUUUUCUAUGCUUGGACAGGGUCAUAUCAGGCAGUCCCUCUUGCUGAGGGAUGGCUUUUGAGAAUACCUGUCACAGAAUGCGCAAAAGAAAAAGGCAAAUCUCUGAAUGGAAAAAUAAAUAAUUUUUUGCCAUAAAGAUGUUUAUCUUGCAACUGUUCUAAUGGAUUAACCUGUGGCUACAAUUAUUCUAAUUAGGGAUGUGUGAAUCUCUAAAAUUCUUGCCUUCUUAAAAUCCAACUUUGUAAAUUAAUAUUCCGGGCCAGCAAUCUUUUUUCUACAGAUUAAAAAAAAAUCAUAGGAAAUUUUGUAUGCAUAUUUGCAACAUAUCAUAAUAUAGAGAGGCCUUAUAUGGAUUUGCCCAAAUUUAUGUAAUGAGUCAAAAACUUUUUUUAAAAAUGUGAAUCACUGUGUUUCUUUCCUUGAGAGCUAAAUUCCCUAAUGCAGAAUUUUAAAAUACAAAGUUUCUGGAGUAAUCUCUUUAAACACCCUAAUGCUGUGUAUGUGUAACUUUAAGUAUCUGUACUUUUUUUUUUUUUAGAAUUUAUGUAGGAAGGCAAAAGCUAGCAGAGCCUAGUUUUAAUCCUACUAUAAAGUGUGAUGGGAAUGGAACAUUCAAAUUCACUUUUCGAAUUGAUGUUGUGAUGUUUUUCUCUCCCUUACACUGGUCCCUGUGCCUGGUCAAUUUUCAUAAGGAAGUUAUUUUCUUCCUUUAAUAAGGUAGUGGGAAAACCUGUCCCAACCUCAGGAUGGUGAAUUAUACUCUACACCAACAUACAUAACCAUCAUACAACAACGAAGAAUGCUUAUAACUAUGCUAAAGUAAAUGUAAUUUUGCAACAACAAUAAAAAAAAUUAACGUGCCAACAUUUUGAUUUUACAUCCUUUAAGAAGCCAGAAAGAUUUUAAAAGCCAUCUCCUAAAUCAUGAUAAGGUUAGUUUAAAAAGAAAAUCAUUGCUAGUUGAAUAAGAAUCUAUUUAUAUGCUAUUUACCUAUUUUAUAGGAACAGCCUUUUUAUACUGUGGUUAACUUCAAGGAUUCUUUUCUUUGUCAAGCCAAGUCUGUAAGGGUGGGGAAUCUGUUCAUUCCUGAUGUGAGUUAGAAAGUUGUCUUUCAAGCCAGGCUUACCCUGGUUUGUCUCACUUAUUACCUCACAUUGGUUUGUUACUGAAAAUUGUGUAUACAUCAGUAGUUGGUUCCACUUACCUUCGCUACCAGUUCAGAAUUGGAAACGCGCACACGCAUGGCACUUCUGCGCAUGUGCAGAACCUUUUGCACAUGCACAGAACAUCCAUCAUGACGUCUGGGACAGUGGGCAGAGCCUCCCACGGCCGCCACUACCAGUUCACUGAAACCAGGGUGAACCGGUAGAAACACACCACUGGUACAUAUGGAUUUAAACAAAUCACAUGCCUGUCAUCUACUUUACAGAAAGAACAAGCUGAGUUAAUUAAAGUUAUAUAAUAGUCUUGACCCUAUUUUUUUUUAAAGAAAGCAGGGAGGCAGCAACUUAAACCCUAACCGUUAACCUAAUUCAGUGAGGAAAUUAAUUAUAUGCCAAAUAUCUAAAGAUAAAUGACUAUAAUCAUGAUUUAUAAUAUCAAAUCCAGAAUUAAUGUAUCAGGCUUAAUGCUAAGUACCCAUUUGACUAGCUUCACAAGUGCAAUUUGCUAUGCAGUCCCAAUUUGUUCAUUAAAAAUUAUUAGAUUUUCCUUUGGGCAACUGUUGGUUCUUUUCUAGGGCUUAUCUAUAUGUAGCGAGAAGACACCCUAAUAUUUCUCAUGGAUAUAUUUUCACAAUAUAAUCUCCAUCUUAUUCCAAGCUUGCUGCUGUGGCAGGUUAAAGGAAAUCUAAGAGGUCCUGGCAUGAAAGGUUCCAAAGGUUUUUGCUAGCAUUACAGUGCAGGAUCUUCUUUGCAGAUAAUUAUACGAGGUGGCUGAUCACCUCUGUUCCAGUUGAUCCGGCAAGUCUGCGGGGCGGGGAGGGAGGAUUACCCAAUGCAUCUGGUUGCUGGGCUCUGUAUUUCCACGGGUUUUCAGCUAGAGCUGCUUCACUUGUUCACCCUAUUUCUUUGGAGGCAGUUCACAGUGGGAAAUAUCAACCUCAGACUGAGUGCCCGAUCUGCCAUGAGUGCAAUAUUUGCAUUGAUAAUAUUGGUGCAUGUUAGAAAAAGCAAUUGCAGAAUUUUUCUUCCAGGGUAUUGGAAGACUUGCAUAGCAAGGCUUGAAAAGUAAAGAAUGGUUUAUCUGUUUUUUAAAUUGUGGGGGGGGUAUAUUUUUUUUAAUUGUAGCCACAGGAAUAUAGAACUAUUUUCCCUGAUUUUCCGUUCUAGUAAGAAGAGAAGCUCCCUUUUCCAAUGUGAGCCACCUUUUUUGCAACUAAAAUAAAAUACCUCUGAAACAAUGAAAUCCAAACUGAACUCCACACCACCAUACAAUAAGGACAGAAAUUGGGCUUUCCUGCUACUGGGUGAUGUUGGAAUAGGAAGGAAAAAGACCUCUAGGAACCCAACUGCUCCACAUUACAUUCUGUGAGAGGAGCAAUCUUAUUGCUAAAUUGCAGAAAAAGGGAAGCUGUGGGGGAAGCCCCUUUUAUACAUUCUUCCCAUCCUUGAUAUGGAAGAAAAGCACCUGGUUUUUUGGGGGGGGGGGUUUAUGCACUUAGGUUCUUCUUUUCUUUUAAUGAACACUGACCCCAUAAAGAGCUCCUGGUUCCAUGCCAGUACUGCAGAGCAGUUGUUCUUUGAUGAACAACACAGCAACUUCUCUUCCUUCUGUUUUAGCUAUUCCUUUUUGCAGAGUUCUGCAAUAUGGAGAUUACUCUUGCAAUCAAGGAAGCAGACAGACAGAUUUCCCAGUGCUAUUUCUCAGAGCUUAGAAUUUACUAUUGGAUAGUUAAUAUUCUAUAAAAGCAGGAAUUAGGGAAGGGAAGGGUGAAAGAUAUGGGCAAGAAUGAGAGAGGAAAAAAGAGGGAACACAACAUACAAACACACACACACACACACACAAACAUUCCUUCUUAGAAGCUGCCUAACAUUGUAGUAGCUAUGCCUAACAUUUGCAGUUGGAUAAUACACAAAUGUAUAAAAGAAUCUUCUCCAUACCAGAGGUGGGUUUCAGCAGGUUCUGACCAGUUCUGGAGAACCAGUAGCGGAAAUUUUGAGUAGUUCAGAGAAUUGGUAAAUACCAUCUCUGACUGGCCAAGUCCCCAUCUAUUCUCUGCCUCCUGAGUCCCAGCUGAUCGGGAGGAAAUGGGGAUUUUGCAGUAACCUUCCCUUGGAGUGGGGAGGGAAUGGAGAUUUUAUAGUAUCCUUCCCCUGCCAUGCCACCAAGCCAUGCCCACGAAUCUAUGCCAUGCCCACCAAGCCACACCCACAGAACCGAUAGUAAAAAAAUUUGAAACCCACCACUGCCCCAUACCUCCUCCUAUAUAAAGAGUCUUGAAACAGCAAAUAAGAUGCUUUCUUGGCAAUUUCAAGAAUCUUGGUUUUUUGUUCAAUAAGGCCAUUAAUGAUCAACAACUUUUCAAAUAUCUUUGAAAAUACUUUUCAAAUAUCUUUGAAAAAGCCUUUCUCACAUGGAUAUCCACCAAUUCUUCAGGAAGUAUAUUUACUAACAUUCCCACUACUCAUUAGCUAUAGUAUCUAGAAUUCUGAUAUUUAUCCCAGAACAUCUAAGGGACCUAUGUGCUGAGUUUCAAGGAAGCACCAAUGUUUGAAAAGCAUUUCUGUUAUCACAUUACCCGAUCGAUUGUUCAGCUGAUUCAGCAGUCCACUAAUUCUUCAGCUAGCAUUUUCAAAGAGUUUUGGAAUGUACAUGUAGAAAGGUGAUCAAGUAGAAAGACACUGAAUUUGGGCUAAGCCUAACCAAGCCAGCAAGCAUUCAUUUUUCUGUGAUUUGCAAACUCUUAAAAGUUUGUUCAUUUGUGCCUUCUGCAGGAUGCUAGAAUAAUUAGAGUAAGUAUUUUCAGAGAUAUAAUUAACUGUAGCAAGUGGGAAUCUAGACCUAAAGGAGUUCUGACAGAUUGAUUGUGAAAGGGUGUAAAAUUUCAGUUUAUUCUCUUUUGUAUAAAAACAUACCAACAUUUGCAAUUUUUUUAAUGAAAAGGAAGAAAGGAAUUUCAAGACUGAAAAUAAAUUGAAGGUAGGGUAAAGAAAUACUUCUUCCCAACAGCUCUUUGUUAAAUUAAAUAUGCAUAUAAACUCCACAGUGGAAAAAACUAGGGGAUGUAAUUUUCAGUAGAAAAAUGAUGGACAGAGAAGAGAAUUGCUAAGCAACUUCUGUGUCUCUUCUACAAGUAGCUUCUUUCCUGAAACUUCUUUUCCAUACAAUCAGAAGUAUGUUAUAUACAUGUGACUAUUAAAUAUACUUCUACAUGAGCUUACUUCAGAAAUUUGCCAAUAUGUUCUGCUUCCAGAACAUUUUUUAAGCUGAAACCCAUAAUUUUGAAUAAAAUAUAGAGAAGUUUCAAGAAACAAGACAAAAUUGGGAAAUUGGAAAAUUGGUAAAUAAGAAACUCCUCCUACCCUUUUCUGAUAACUUCUUCCCACCUUUCAUCAGCAGCAAGGUGACUGCAUUUAUAUUGUAAUGGAUUUUUAGGGAAGUACAGUACAUGAAGGAAAAGCCAUUGAAAUUAUGAUUAAAAGCCCAUAUCUCUGUUUACCUUAUGUGAGUUUCCCUUCAUCCAUUUGGGUUCCUUAGGAGAUAAUUUCCACUGGGGAAGGGAAAAAGAGGGCUUUGAACUUUUUAAGAUUGAUGGAUUAAGCACUUUUCUCACUUUUCAUUCUAAUUAAACUGUUCUAAUAGAUGCCAAUUUUUCACACACAGUUCCAAUUCAUGAAAUAAAAUUUUUCUUACAAAUCUAUAUCCUUUUUUAUUUUAUCUUUUUGGGUGUGAUGAUAAUAAUGGAGAGAGCUUUCACAAUGAGAGCUGGGAGAAAGAAAGAGAGUGAGUGAGUGAGAGAGAGAGAGAGAGAGAGAGAGAGAGAGAGAGAGAGAGAGAUUAGCACUGAGGCCUGGCCUCUAUUAACACCGUUACUACUUUUCCUGUUUAUUUGUUCCUGGUAGAGGAUUUGCUCCUUCAAAUGCCAUAAAUGUGGCCUUUUGAGGAAGCCUUUAUGUAAUAAGGCCACAAUUAAUAUUAGUAUUUUUCAGGGUAUGAGACUUUGUAAUUGUAUUGUGAAAUAUAUUUCUAUGAGGCCAUUUUAUUAAUUUUAAACUGGAGGUAAAAUUCAGUUGUUGAAUUUUUUUCCAACUCAAAACUUAAUUGUGUACAUAGGCUUUCAGCUCUGUUUCCUAUGGCUAUGAACCUGUACUCUUACUAGGAUGCGAAUACAGCUGAAUUAAAUGUAUCAUAUUUAAAAGCAUAGAUUGUAUGUCCGUAACUGGCACUGUAUUUACUUGAAAGGAGAGUAGAUUUCCACCUCCACCAGCCAAAUAAUUUGUAAUGACACAACAUACAUUAGCAGAGAAAUUCAGACAUAUCAAUUUUCUUUCUAAUUUCCUUGGAGGUGGGACAUCAUCUUUAAUUCAGAACUGUCUUCCUUUAUGGUAAAUAAUAGUUGCUUAAAAAUGAGAGAUCCAGUAAUAUUCAUUAGGAUAAUUACAUAUUCUGCAAAUAAGUGCAGAAGCUUGACAGGGAUCCCACUCUCUGCUCUUAAUAAACUAAAUAAUACAAUGCUAACUCAUCCUGGCAGAUAAAUUGGCAAUUUAAGGAAAUCCAGAAGAAAGGGAAAUAUUUGUGGAAAAAAGAAAGAAAUAUAGGUAGGAAGAUUUGAAUGAACAAAAAUGUGUUGUGAUAAAUUUGUUGCUUCAAGAUUGACUAAUUAUCAUAAGAGGCAAAGGUAAACUGCAAGAAUCACAGUCAAUCAAAUAUGGAUGGUAUAUCAUAACCACUAAGGUAUCUCUAGAAAUGUGUGGAUGUAUUGAUUGCAAACAACACUAAGACUUGUUCCCAUAUGUGAUCUGGGGCUGACAAUGGUUUCUAUAAUAAAUUAUGCUCCUGUUCUGAGUAGUUGCAUCUCCCAUCAUUUGGCAAAUACUUGUAGAAUGUGAGCAUAGUCUUGCAUUUAAACAUUUGGAAAGGCAUCAAGAUCGUCUCCCUGUGUUGUCUCUGUUACUUGCCUUGUUUUUUGUCAAUGCCAUAUUUGUCACUUAGCUUUACUGUGGUAGAUCCAUUUGAAAAUGUUGGUCUGAAUGCACUGGUUUACUAUAUUAUUAUUAUUUAGUUUUCCUGAUAAACAUUGUACUAUUGGCUGCAUUUUCUCUCUUCUUUUUUUUUUUUUUAGCAAAAAGAAGACUAAACACUUAUGCUUUUUAAAGUAUACUUGUAAAAUAACAAAAUAGCAACAGGGUUUUCCUUAAGCAGAAUAAGGUGAACUGAAACAAGUAGGGCAAAACUUCAGAAUGAAGCAGAGGAAUAUAAAUCAUAUUCCUAGAUAUUUUAUUGCUGACUCAUGACGAGACUUUAGUCAAUAUUUCUAUUUAAUGGCCAAGCUUCUCUCUGUGUAAUGGGGAUGUACACUGAGGCACUUUACAGGAAAAAAAAUGCAUGCAAAUUACAGUUUUGUAAAGUUUUUAGCAAUCUAUUAAUAAGAUAUCCAUGGAUGGUAUUUGAUUUGAAAGAAUAAUAAUUAUUCAGUUUUGGGCUAUUCAUUAGAGAUUCAGAUCCAGUCUUUGUGCUUCCUUGAAAGAUUCUGUACACCCUUAGAUUUUAUUGGCUCCUUUUGCUUAUUGUUGAUGUCAAGAGGGUUUGGAGAGAGUCAAAAAGAGUGAGUAAAUGUACAAUGAUACUUCAAUGACACAUUCGUGUGAAGAUGUUUAUAUACUCUGUUUGCACUCUUCCUCUUUAUGCUGCCCUGUCUCUCUUUUUCCCUGCACUGCUCUAAAAAGCUACAGCUUCUCACCAUGUCUGGGUGGUGAAUUCAGAAGAGGAUAUCAGUUUCUUGAGACUGUAGGUGUAAUUGUGUUUGAUUGAUGGAAGUUUAACAUUUAGUGUCAUAUAAGCAAAAUACAAAAAAAUGUAUUUCUUCUACAAGUUUGUAAAUAUUAUGAAAGUGAAA